ACUUUAGGCGUCUGGAAGUUCCCGGAAGUGACCUGACCGUAGGCUUCCGGUGUGAGUCGGGAAGGAUGGCGGUGGCUUCCACGUUUCAGGUUCUGCCACGGAUGCUUGCUCUGUCAAGGCGCCAUCUAGUGUCUCCUUUGCUCAGCACACCAUCAUUCAGCCGUUUCUACAGAGGUGACAGCCCAACAGAUUCCCAAAAAGACAUGAUUGAAAUCCCUUUGCCUCCGUGGCAGGAGCGAACUGAUGAGUCCAUAGAAACCAAAAGAGCCCGGCUGCUCUAUGAGAGCAGAAAGAGGGGAAUGUUGGAAAACUGUAUUCUGCUUAGCCUCUUUGCUAAAGAAUAUCUGCACCACAUGACUGAGAAACAGCUGAACCUCUAUGAUCGUCUGAUAAAUGAGCCCAGUAAUGACUGGGAUAUUUACUACUGGGCCACAGAAGCGAAACCAGCCCCAGAGAUAUUUGAAAAUGAAGUCAUGGCACUGCUGAGAGACUUUGCUAAAAAUAAAAACAAAGAGCAGAGACUGCGCGCCCCAGAUCUGGAAUACCUCUUUGAAAAGCCACAUUGAGCUGUGCACCAGCGCCCGCCGUGGGGGCUCCAUCCGUGGACCCUAACUUAGGAUAGAUCCCGGCCUUGGCUUCCUGCUUCUCCUGAGACACUCAGCCCACCCAGACCGUUUGUCUUGUUUCACAUGAUGGACCCAUCUCUCAGGACAUGUAAAUACUGGGUGUGACUCAUUCUCACACUUUGUUGGUUUAGUUUUAAGCCUAAAAGCAGUUGCUGGUGUUGCCGGCACUCGGGCCUGUUGCUCUGGCUCCGGUCUCCCGAGUCGGGCCUCUGCCACAAGAGGGCAGUGUCGGGACGCGAUGGUGCUCCCCCGUAGCUUCCGCCAGAAGUGUGUGCCCUGCAGAGACAGCCCGCUGCGGGGGCUGGGUAGUAAGCUUCCCAGAGCAGCCCAGGGCUUUGUUCAAGUGAAAUCUGCUCCCCCCUUCCCCCCCAGGUAGAGUCCUUCCUCCUGGGGCAGCAGACCCAAGCCCCCUGAGCUGACUCUUUCAGAGGCACGGCGGGCAGAGCGAGGGCGGCAGGCAGAGAUGUGUGGGCUUGCUGCUGACGAGUCCACAUCCUCCUCCUCAGAUUUUCUCACGAACGUUCACUCUGUACACUGAAAGAUAAUUAAAUAUUAAAGAAUAUUUUAUGAAGGAGAAAUCACA